GAAAGCACAGUUGAAUCAGUUCCGUCAGCAGCGCGUAAUCGGUUAGGUGUGGUGAAAAAAUGAACAGGAACAACAACUUUUAAACUGUGCAUCCUGCAAUCCUGACUUACAAAUUUAAAUUUCACGCUUUGCUUUUUUAAUUGCAUUUUGUUUCCUCCGCUUCCGCAAUGCGCGCCCCGUGGGCCUGGAUGUUGCGGCGCCGGAGGGCGAGCAUCAUCGGGGCGCUCUUAUUUCUCCUAGUCUUGUUCGUUAUCGCAAACAGCGGUUCCCGGAAAUCAAAGAAUGACACCAGCAGCCUCGACGCGUGGUCCAACGACAACCCGGCUUUGAAGGCGGCGGGACAGACCAACUACGUGGACCACAAGAGCGGUAUGCGAGUCAUCGUGGGACACUACAUGGGAGACAAAUCUGCCUUUGACGAUCCACGCUUGAACCUGACAAAGGAAAUUUUGGACUCAAACUUAUUUGCUCCGAGGCCCAAUGCAGGCAAGGAUGGCUCCCCUGUGCAGCUGGCGCCAUUCGAAUUGUCAAAAAUGCACCAGCUCUUCAAAAUCAACAGGUUCAACUUGCUUGCGAGCGACAGGAUUCCCCUCAAUAGAUCUCUGCCGGACGUCCGGAAAAAGACAUGCGCGUCAAGGUUUGCGCCUGCAGAAGGUUUGCCGAAAGCCUCCAUAAUAAUUGUAUUCCACAAUGAGGCUUGGUCAACACUAUUAAGAACUGUGCACAGUGUGAUCAACAGAUCACCAUCAACAGUUCUGAAGGAAAUUAUUCUUGUGGACGACGCCAGUGAUAGAGCGUUUUUAAAGUACCCACUAGAAAAGCACGUGUCGGAAUUGCCCAUAGCGACGAGGAUUUUGCGUUUGCAGGAGCGAGGAGGCCUCGUCAAAGCUAGACUGCGUGGAGCAAGACAAGCGCGAGGCGAGGUGCUUGUUUUUCUAGACGCUCACUGCGAGGUCACAAAAGGGUGGUUGGAGAGUUUAAUUGUGCCGAUCAGUGAGGACCGGAAAAGGGUGGUUUGCCCCAUCAUUGAUAUUCUGUCGGACGACACCUUUGCCUACAUUAGGAGUUUUGAGCUCCACUGGGGUGCUUUCAAUUGGCAAAUGCAUUUCAGGUGGUAUUCGCUUGGCAGCUCCGAAAUUACCCACCGGAGAAAAGAUAUUGUAGCACCUUUCAAAACGCCGGUCAUGGCUGGAGGACUUUUUGCUAUAGACAAGGAAUACUUUUUUGAAAUCGGCUCGUACGACGAAGGCAUGCAGAUUUGGGGCGGUGAAAAUCUAGAGCUUUCAUUCCGCGUGUGGCAGUGCGGAGGCCAAGUCCUUAUCGCGCCGUGCUCACAUGUAGGACACUUGUUUCGCAAAUCAUCCCCUUACACCUUCCCCACGCAAGGAGGGGUGGCGAACACGCUCUACGCCAAUUUAGCAAGAGCGGCUGCCGUGUGGAUGGACGAUUGGGCGGAAUUUUAUUUCAGAUUCAGUCCACAAGCCGCUCAAUUAAAAGACAAACAGCAAUUGAGAUCUCGAUUCGAGCUGAGAGAAAGACUGCAGUGCAAAAACUUUGCGUGGUAUUUGAAAAAUAUUUGGCCGGAAAAUUUCUUUCCAGGGCCUGAUAGAAUAUUUGGAAGGGUGGUGCACAAGUUAAGUGGAAGAUGUUUACAAAGACCUCACAACGCCAACACAGCCCUUGGGGCUGCCACCGUCAUAAACUGCAUUAGUAUGAAUCCUCCGACAUUGCUUCAAAUGUUCGUAAUAGUGCCGAAUGGUCCUGUGAUGACUGAUGAGAGCAUUUGUUUGGACGUGAGGGAAAGCAGUGAGGGUGCAAUAAUAGGGACCACGGCAAGACUCUCGGCCUGUUCGCAGCUUGAGAGGCAGAAGUGGAUUUACCACAGAAAUAAUUUGACAUUGGUGCAUAAAGUGUCUGGAUUAUGUCUAAAUGGACCGGGAAAUAACCAAAACAACGAGAUUACAGUCAACGAAUGUGCCAAACACUCAGCACGACAACAAUGGAUGCUGGAGGAGCACCCUUGGAAAUGAGAUUUUGAAAUCUUCAGUCAAUUGUACCUGAUAAAUGAGAUUAACUUUUAAGAAAUAAUGACAUUAAUACCUGUGAUUAAAUUUAUAAAAGUUUAUAUACUGAUAAAUAAAUUUGUGGCUUUUUUAUUUAAGUUUCAGGAAAAGAUUAUGUUUGAAAAUUAUCACAAAAGUACUUUAUGUGAUCCAUUUUUGACAAAUAUAAGACUUCAUCACAUUAUCGAUUAUACCUUUCACGAAGGAAUCAUUCCCUGACGAAGCUUUCUCUCAGCUCCAGCCCUUCGGUUGUGGUUUCCACGACUUGAUUUGUUAGCAUCUUUGCGUCUUCUGUUUAGCAGCACAUUAGCAUCUUGACCUUUGCCUUUGGCAUUCCC